CAUAAAACGGAGAGUAAGUCUGAUUAGUCAUGGCUGAAGGAGGUAAGACUGCAAAGGAAGUCUUCAUAAAGACACUACCAAAGCUUAUAAACACACUUGGAAAGGACCCACCUUUUACUGUAGUCACUGCUUCUUUAUAUGGCAUGGGUCUGAUUACAAAGCAGGAACUUGAGGCCAUUAAGACCAAACAAGGUGUUGAAAGAGGUAGUAAAGUGGGUUUUACUCUAAGAGACAAGAUUCAUGAUAGUGAUGACCCUAAUGCUUGUCUACUUGCCAUAUGUGAGAUAUUUGAAUCUGAUGACGUAAACAAUGAUAUAUUGAGGAAACAUGGAGCAAGCAUGAGAACAAGCAUAUCAAGUGGAACUGGAACAGCUGCUACACUUCAAGUUCCUUCAUACCCUCCUCCAACUGUGGUAUCUAGGACAAGCCCAAAUAUGUAUAAUAUUUACAUUAACUUAUUCAGAACUAAUGGAAAUGCUAACGAUUAUCUCAAACUAACUCUUCAAAAGUGGUUGGAGAGAAGGGAUAAUGUUACAAGAACCACUUGGGACAACUUAAUAAGAGCAGUGAAGAGUACUGGGGACAUGGCAGCUGCUGAGAGGAUACUAGGAAUUCUCAAAUCAA